UUUUUUUUUCUUUUCUUUCUUUUUUUUUUUAUUUCUUUGUCAUUAUACAAUGUCAUCUGAUGAAGAAGACUUGGACUUGAAUGAUGAAUCUAUUUCUCAACUGGAUAAUAAUUCUGAAGAUGGGGAAGUUAUGGAGCAAGAAGACUUAUUAGAUCAACCAUCUACACAAGGAUCUCCAGCACCUCAACAAGAUAUUCUUACAAAACGAAAUAUACAUUAUCAAUUACAUCCUGAUGCCAUUCAUUGUAAAUUUUAUGAUAUUGUACCCAUUGCUUCUGCUGUUCAUCCAAAUGCAAUUUAUAGUGUGGCUACAACCAGGUGCUUUCGUUGGGUAUUGACAGGUUCUGAUGAUGGUUUUAUCAGAAAAUGGGAUUUUUUUGCUUCCAUGAAUGGUAAGACUCCUUUGACUCAAGCACAUCGGCAUCAUUUGGUGGACUCUGUCACGAACUCUGGAGUUCUUAGUUCUUGGUGGGAAAACGAAGAACAACCUGAACCUAUUAUCAAGACAGAACCAGGAGAAACAACGGAAUCAAGUGAGGAUAUGGCAACUACUCAACCUUCACGACCAAUCACCACAUCAUCAGUAACAUCAUCAUAUGCAACCGAACCAAGAUUGUCACCUGCCUUCAGCAUGGAUAUGCAAUCUGAAGCAUUAUGGUCAGUUCAGGGAAUGGAAAGUGGUGCCAUCCAAUUGAUCACAGUACGACAUGAAGAAGGAAAAUGUCAUCAUGUUUUUAGAAAACAUACUGCUCCAGUUUCUGUGCUUCGAAUUGUCCCAGAUGAAACCGGCAUCAUUAGUGGAUCAUGGGAUAAAAAUGUUUUGGAAUGGGACCUUCAUACCGGCAACUUGAUACGCCAUUAUUCUGGUCAUAUAUCACAAUUAGCAACAGCCCAUUUUCAACCCAUUUUUACUCCUUUCGUGACACCAUCGAAAUCUAAAGACAACAAAUCGACUAACGAUAAAUCCAGCCAGAAUGAAAUAUCAUCUACAGCCAACAAUGAAUCUACAAUGGAUACCAGCAUGAAUGAAGAGAAUGACAUGGAUGAUGAUAAUGCCUCAUUACUUUGGGAUCAAAAGAACGUCAAUAUCUUUUUGACAGCAAGUAUUGAUGGACAAGUACUCAUUUGGGAUAGGAGAAUGGAAAAAGAGGCCUCAAAAGUUACUAUUCCCAACAAAACGCCACCUUGGACACUCUCAGCCUGUUGGGGGACAGACGGAUCAAAAAUCUAUAUUGGACGUAGAAAUGGAACAGUGGAUGAAUGGGAUUAUACUGGUCAAAAGUUACUGCAAUCUUUUCGAAUGCCUGCCAACUCUGGACCUGUUUAUCAUGUUACUGCUAUGCCAAAUGGAAAACAUAUUGUCUGCGCAUCCAACGAUAAUAUUCGACUUUGGAAUACUACCAUAGAAUCAAAUUAUACAAUUCGACAUAAUAUAGACUCGUCCAUAACAAAACCAUCUUCAGUGAUUCCUUUUGUUAUUUUACCUGGUCAUCACGGUGGUAUGACCUCUCACGUUGUGGUGGAUCCAACAUGUCGAUAUAUGAUUACUGCAUCUGGAAAUCGUGGAUGGGAAGGUGGAUCCAAUAACCUAUGUCUUUUUUAUGAUAUCUCCCCUAUCAUGUAGUUUUUUUUUUUUUUUUUUUCAUUACUCUUCCUCUGUAUAUAUCCCGC